GUCGCUACAAAAACACUUCCGGUUCCGCCGCAGGAAGCCUGACGGAGACAGCAGGGAGUCUAGGUUUUGGGACCCGGCGCCCGGGCAGGACGAUGGACCGAAAGAAAAAGCCUCUGGAUGUUACAGCCUCCUCGUUGGUAGAUCUUAAAGCUGAGCUCUUCCGAAAACAAGAAGAAUUCAAACAAGAGAAACUUCUGAAAGAUUCUGGAGUUUUUGGAAAACCAAAGACAACUAAUAAGAAGCCAAGUAUCUGGACCAAGCAGAAUGCUGGUGUUUCCAGUCGAGCAGAGAAGGAUGCUGAACAGAAGCUUGAGGAGCAGAAGACUUUAGACAAAGCAAGGGAAAAACUGGAAGAAAAGGCCAAAUUAUAUGAAAAGAUGACUAAAGGAGACUUUCCAGACGAGGAAGUGGAGGACAUGUACCUUGUGGAUUUCACACAGAAGAUUAUAGACAAGCGAAAAGAAAUGGAGGUGCUCGGUGCCACUAGAGAUUCUCGAAACACAGAAGAGAAAGAUGAUGAUGAUGAAGAGUUUUCUGAAAAAGACAUACCUCCUCCCAAAGACCCCAGCGAGGAAUGGGUGGAUUAUGUGGACUCUUUGGGCCGAUCCCGGCGCUGCAUGAGAAAGGACUUGCCAGAUCUAUUGGAGAUGGAUAAAAAUCUUCAGGGAAGGCUUUUUGUUAGUCCUGCUAAUGAAAAAACUCUAUUAUCUGAAGACAUGAGGAAAGAACUUCAGCGACAGCAAUGGGAGGAAGAAGAAAGGGAGGCCCUGAAAAAGCCAAUGGGGCCCAUCCAUUAUGAAGACAUUCGGGAAAAUGAGGCCAGGCAACUUGGUGUUGGGUAUUUUGCCUUUGCCCGAGACAAAGAGUUGAGAAACAAGCAAAUGAAAACUUUAGAGAUGCUUCGUGAACAGACAACAGAUCAGAGAAUAAAACGAGAAAACAUAAAGGAAAAGCGAAAGGCUAUGUUAGAAGCGAGACUUGCCAAGCUUCGACAGAAAAAGAUUAAAAAGUCAAAGGAAGAUGGGACUGAAGAGGAAAACAGAGAUGGAGAUGUUACUGAGCUUUUGCCAUCAGAACCAAAGGCUGUUCCUGCUCCACCUCAUGUGGCCCAGACCAGCAAAGUAGAAGUCAUCAUCCAGGAAAGGAAGGACACCAAGCCUGGAGUGCCACACAUCCGAGAGUGGGACCGAGGAAAAGAAUUUUCCUUUGGAUACUGGUCGAAGAAACAGUCAGAACUCCGGGCUGAGCGAGAUCCUGAGUUUGCCCCACCAUCGAAUUAUUUUGUGGGUCAAAAAAGAACUGGUCCUUUUAGUAGCCAGCCAUGGAGCAGAGUGGGAUCAGCACCGAGUGACUUGGGGAAUUGCUCUGGCCAGAGCCAGGAACCCAGCUCUUCACACAUAUCUACAUCUGGCUCUGACAGCCCCUCACAAGCAUCCACAGUCACUUUCCAAACACUAGAUGAUAUGAUAUCUUAUUAUAAACAAGUCACAUGACCUUGAAAAGCAUGCUGGUUCCAUUUGUGUCAUCAGAAGUCAUGACAGAACUGAGUUUCAUGUCUUUCUUCUUGUCUUUUCCCUAGAAUGCAUAUGCUUGAGGUCAGAUUAGUUGGCAUGGAGGAGUAAGUGUGCCCAUGGGAGCUUAUUGAUUUCUUGACUGUACAUUUUUUAUGACUUUGUGUAGAGGGAAUUUAGCCCCUCCACUCCACUCUGACUUAGUUGUAACUCAUUUGGAUUUCCAGAUGUGUGAACUGUAAAUACCAAUCUGAAAUUUAGUUCUGAGGAACGUGUUUCUUUUUUAGAUUAGAAUGUUUUGCCUUCAUAUAUAUAUGUACAUCAUAUGUGUGCCUUGUGUCCAAGGAGGUCAGAAGAGGGCAUUGGAUACCCUGGAACUAAAGUUAUGGAUAAUUGUGAGCCACUAUGUAAGUGCUGGGAACUGAACCUUGGUCCUCUACAAAAGCAGCCAGUGCUCUUAACAGCUGGUCUAUCUUUCAUUAUCCUGCUGAGGAGCUUAUAGCCCUGCUUCACAAUAUACCCACCCAUGACUUUGCUUUCAGAAAUGCUAGCAUGAAGGUAUCUAUUCCACAUAUUCAACUUCCCAGACAGGUAAUGGAGCAAUAUUGGGAGUUUUUACCUGUCCAACAGGCAAAUAAGGGCCUCUUAUAGGAGGCAAAAUCAAAAAGGAAGCUGGUGAAAUGCUAACUAAUGUCAUGUCUGAGGCCAUGAGGUCAGAAAGAAUACCUACAGUUCUAUCAGAGAGUUAGAGGUUGAUUGUUCAUCUGUGUCAACAUGUUAUCCAGUUACCUGCAGCCCUGUCUCUGCAGACAUCUGGAGUUGUGCUGAAUUACUUAGGCAUUCCUUGAAGGCUGCUGAGCCUGGUUAGAAACCAGUGUUCCUUAGUUUUACCAAUUAGUGCUUUGACCCUACCUUUCUGUCCUGCCUUAGUACCUCCUGGUGCUUCCAUUGCUUGAGGCUUCUCGACUCUGUAGCCCGAGUGGGUCAGAUUUGGGACCCCAUUGUGUAGAGCAGGUAGGUCCCUGCCUUUGUCCUUACUGAACAGGGAUGUUUGGUGCACAGGAAUCCAAAGGGCGUCACUGUGUAGGGGUGUUCAGAGGAUUUGCCAUGCAACUAUAGACAGGCAGUCAGCAGUUGGUCACCAAGCCUUUGGAAUCAGUGGGCCCUCCCAAUUCACGGAAAGUCUGCAGUGCUCUCACCUAGCACUGCAUUAUGAGGGGAAGUGCCUGGCUCUUCCUGUGAUGGCCUACUAGAAUGUGGAAUGGAUCAACACCUGGCUCAAGGUCAUGUGGCAUCUAAGUGUCAGGUCUAGGGUGUCAACAACUUAUAUCUAACCUCUAGGCUCAUGCUUUUUCUAGUACCUUCUGCUCUCAGUUUUCUUGCCUCAGUAUCAAGAAAGUUUAGAUAAGAAAUUCCAUUCUUCGAAAAUUACCUCUGAGCUCCACAGCAAAGGGAAAGCUGGACACAAUGUCAUCCUGUCAGUCUCAUUGGGCAUCAAAACUCUAACCUAGUU